CAAACGGCCUUGUUUCUCUUAACUCACUCUCUCUCUCUUUUUGUGAAAAUGGAAGCAUCAGCUGCUACAAUAGCUGUAUGGGUUCUUGGUGUUGCUGUAUUGACAUGUGGAAUGGGUUUUAUGCAUUGGGUUUGGCUGAGGCCGAGGAAGCUCGAAAGAUGCCUGAGGCAACGAGGCUUUUCCGGCAAUUCUUACCGAUUUUUGUACGGAGACUCCAAAGAGAGCAGCAGGAUGUCCAGAAAAGCAAGAUCCAAACCUAUUAAUCUGUUAGAUGACAUCAGACCGCGUGUCGCCCCCUUCGAGCAUCAUACCAUUAACAAAUACGGGAGAAAUUCGUUCAUGUGGCUGGGCCCAAUACCGAGGGUGUUCAUAACGAACCCAGAACAUAUAAAGGAGAUACUUAACAAAAUGAUUGACCUCCCAAAGACCACCUCAAACCCAAUAUGGAAGUUACUAGCCACAGGAGUUGCAAGUUAUGAAGGCGACAAAUGGGCCAAACAUCGAAAGCUUCUCAACCCAGCUUUCCAUCAGGAGAAACUGAAGGAAGUUAGGGUUCAAAAUCAAGAUUUUACUAUAUAUAAAUGAGUUAUAAUCGACUUACACUAUCAAUAAUUUGUUGGUACAAGGGGAGAAAAGUUGAUUUUUUAUAAAUAAGGUGUUAACUU